AUGUACGACAAGCAGUUACGUGAGGAGGAGCUCCAGACAUCAGUCGAGCUCGCGAGGGAGAUUGCCCCUAGCGAAGACGAACUGGCAGCCCGAAGAAACGCCAAAAUGAUCAUUCAACGGCUCGAGCGUACACCAUCAGAACAGUUUGCUCGGAUGGAGAGAGAUGAGGGCAAUGUCAUUCAAGACCUUUGGAGAUAUUCUGGCGGCCCGUCUGCUCAGAUCUUCUGGGCUUGGGCAUACGACGCCGACUGGGAUCCUGCUUCCGUAAAUGUUACUGUAUGUGAUGGAGAGGAAUACCAAGGUCGCAUCAGGGUGUCCAUCUACUGCCUGGAUGCCUGGUUCUGUGCUGGGCGUUAG